AUGGCUUUGAAAGACCGAGCGGGUGAACAGUUUAUCCAAAUCCUCCCAAUCUUGAAAUGGUUGCAGCAGUCACAGAAACAAGCUCGUACCCAAGGACUGCAGCCCGUGCUCCAUUUGGGCGAGCACUCGCAGUUUAGGUGA